AUGUGCAUGCGGUGUCACGAAAACGGCGUGACACGGCUGCUGCUGACGCGCAUCCCGCACUUCAAGUCGAUCAUUGUGAUGGCUUUCGAGUGCGCUCACUGCGGGUUCAAGAACAACGAGGUGCAGAGCGGCGAGGCCGUGCAGGAGAAGGGUCACCGGUACGAGUGCAAGUGCACCACAAAGAGUGACCUCAACCGCCAGAUUGUGCGCAACAGCACCGCGUCGGUGUCGAUCCCCGAGAUGGACUUUGCUGCGCCGCCUGCCCAGCACUCGUCGCUGACCACAAUCGAGGGCAUUAUCAACCGGUUCAUCGAGGACCUCAGCAUCGGUCUGGAGCAGCGCAAGGAGCAGCAGCCCGAGGUCUAUGUGGCGAUCGAGAAGCUUCUGGACAAGUUCCGUGGCGCCCUGACCCUGCCCGAGGAUGGGGAGGACCACGAGCAUGCGUUCACCCUGGUGCUCGACGACCCUACCGGCAACUCGUACGUCGAGAACCUGUGCGUGCCCAACGUCGACCCCAAGCUUACCAUGCACACGUACAAGCGCACCCGUGAGCAGGAGAUCGAGCUCGGCAUGGUCAACCCCGAUGCCGACGAUGAGCAGCAGGAGCAGCCGCGUGGCCCCCGCAUCAACAUGCGCGAGGAGGCCGAGGCGUCCAAGGGCGUGAUCCGUGCUGUCAAGGAGGCCUCCGAGAGCAACGAGGUCCUGUCGUUCCCUGCAAACUGCUCGUCGUGCAAUGCCCCGUGCGACACGCGCAUGCAGAUGAUCGACAUCCCGCACUUCAAGGAUGUCAUCAUCAUGUCGACCACCUGCGACAUCUGCGGAUACAAGUCCAACGAGGUCAAGUGCGGCGGCGCCAUCAGCGCCAAGGGCAAGCGCAUCACGCUGACACUCGAGGACCGCGAGGACCUGUCGCGCGACAUCCUCAAGUCCGAGACCAGCGGUCUGUCUAUCCCCGAGAUCGAUCUGGACCUGAUCCCCGGAACCCUGGGCGGCCGCUUCACCACCGUCGAGGGCCUGCUGCGCCAGGUGCACGAUGAGCUGGACCGUCGGGUGCCGUUCCUGGAGGGCGACUCGGUGGCUGCCGAACGCCGCCAAAAGUUUGUCGCCUUCCUGCAGAAGCUGCAGGAUGCCGCUGAUGGCAAGACCUUCCCGCUGACGCUGGUUCUCGAGGACCCCGUCGCCAACUCGUACAUCCAGAACAUCUACGCCCCCGAUCCCGACCCCAACAUGAAGGAGGAGGAGUUUGAGCGCACCCUUUGA